AUGUAUCUUCUGGCGCUGUUGGUGAUCUGCACUGGCGCCGUGCGGGAUGAGGGCUUGGACGGGCCCAGCGAGCUGCUGGAGCUUUCCCCUCAGCAUGCAGCGGAGGAGGAGGAGGAGGUUCGGGAGGAGAUGAUGAGGCUUUUGGCAGAGCAUUCGCUGCGACACACGGUGGAGCGGGCAGAUGCACGGGAAGUCGCCCGCCACCAUAGACAGGCAGAGCGCGCUGUGGACCCGCACAACGCAUCAACGGAGGAAAGCAGCAAGACGACGGGGAGUGAAGCGUCAACGGAGGAAAGCAGCAAGACGACAGGGAAGGAGGCCUUCCACAAGGCAGAGGAGGACUCCCACAAGGUCCAGGAGGAUGUAGCUGCAGUGAAGGAAGCCACUGACCAUGCGGAGGAAAGGGGGAAGGCUGUGGACAAGGACUUCAACAAGUAUGAUGAGAGGCUCAAGAAGCUGGAGGCGACCUUGGACAAGCUGGCCCAGAAGUCCUUCCGCUGGCAGGAGGAAGUGAUGAAAUCCUUGGCAGAGGCGGAGAGCGACAAGUACUCGCCUCUGGCCACUGCACAGCUGGCACACUCUCGCCAGAAGAAGCCCAAGGGCGAAGGCACCACCACGGGCGCACCCGGUACCACGCAGACGACGGCGCACGAGUGA